AUGGCCCGCCUAAAGUCCGUCCGCGCGCCCACAACCGCCAGUUUACCCAGCAAUCUCCGCAUCCCCUCCUCCACGCCGUCCUUAGUCAAAGCUUUUGGCAAGCUCACCCGGCAGGCACUGCUGGAUCUUGCGUUUCAAUGGCUCGACGAUCGCAACCUGCAGGCUUUCCCACCAUAUCUCCAAAAAGAUGAAGACCGAAAAGAGGAGGAGGACGAGGGACUAAGUCCCUACCCGGCGGAGCGCACCGUCAACGACGUCCGAAACGCAUACCAGGAACUGCAGCUGCGCAAAGGCGGCAAACGCGAAGUAAUUGAUCGCAUCCUCGAAGGCGACUGGAGGCAUGGCAUUACCCUGCGACAACUAGCCAUGGUCGACCUUCGCUACAUCGACGACCACUCCUCCAGCCUCCGAUGGACCGCACUGGAACUCUCCCGCAUUGAAAGCCAACAACAACAACAGCAACAACAACAAUCAGAUUCCUCCGACCUAUCCGCAUGUCUCCCGCGCGUCCACGCCUCAACCUUCCUCAGCAAGCUCCAGCAACAGAUCGCCCCGCUCGUAAAAGCACACUACUAUCUCUCCCGCUCGACCUCCCUCCCUCUCACCUUCCUCCGCAUCUUCGUCACCAACUCCCCCUACCAACAUCCGCGCCAGGCCGCCGAACUCCUCACCGACUCAUCGCGUGUCAUCUACAUCGCUUUCCCAGAUAGCUGUCCCUACAUAUACACCUCCAUUGCCUCCACCCCGGGCUCCUCAAAAUCCAGCAGCGCAUCCGCAACCCCCCACGCCAUCGCAACCGACCCCCGCAGCCUGCAACGUCUCGUCCGCGACGCCCUCCCCAAGGCCCUCUCUCUCCCCCACCAGCGCUACACCCUCAAACCCACCUCCCUAACAGCAAAGAGUCUCCAAGCGCUCCUCUCCCUCCGCGGCCCCGGCCGCGCCAACCAAUCCACCGGCGCAUUCAGCAUCUUCGCCGACGCCGCCCUCGAAGGAAGUCCCCUGGACCCUCGACCAUCCAGCACCGUCACUCCAGAAGAACACAUGAACCAUCCAUCGCACCACAAGGAGAACCAACACCCAGACGACGCAGACACUUCCACCUCUAAACCACCCAAACGACCCAACACCGACCACGAAGACCCCCGCGUCUUCAAAAAACGAACCCUAACCGUACAAUCCCGCUUCGGUACCUCCGCAUCUCUAUCCUCCGCUCCUCUCGACCGUCUCGAUAUCCGUCUCCUCGAUCCCCCAACCUCCACAUCCACAACAUCAUCAUCAACAACACCGACCCUCUCCCUCACCUUCACCGGCACAGACGUCAUCAGCGGAUUCCGCAAACUAGCCGAAACCGGCAUCAUCAAUGCAGAAAAGAUGCCUUCGUGGAUGACGGGCGAAGAAGCAGUGAGUGUAGCUGCUGUUCGUCGGGGUCGGCGGGUCGUGAAGGAUAGUGGAUGA